CUAGGGAAGGCGGGAUCAAGCGCCGGGAAUAGCCCCAGCUGCCUUUGACAAGCGGGAGGAGACCAGCCAGCCUGCAGGGAGCAGGUGGACGGAGCAGCGCUAAUGGAGCCCACCGCGUCCGGCAGAGGGGGCGAGGACGAGGGGGAUUAGCGGGACAGGCGGCGGCGUCAGAGGAGAAAAAGAAGGGCACGGCUACCGCCGCAGUGAGAGACCGCCGGCGAGCGAGUGAGCGAAGGAGAGAGCGAGAGCAAGGCGGGAGCAGGGAAGGGAAGCGGACCCGGAUCCUGAUGCGGGAGGAUGGGUAACGCCGACUCCAAGCUCAACUUCAGGAAGGCUGUGAUCCAGCUCACCACUAAGACCCAGCCCGUAGAGGCCACAGACGAUGUCUUCUGGGACCAGUUCUGGGCAGAUACGGCUACUUCAGUCCAAGAUGUCUUUGCUCUAGUUCCAGCUGCAGAAAUCAGAGCUGUGAGGGAAGAAUCUCCUUCAAAUUUGGCUACUUUGUGUUACAAGGUAAGAUUCAGCAUAUAUUUUUUUCCUGUUGAAAUUCAACCAUUGCAGGUCUGGGCCGUCUAUGGCCCGUGGGCCACAUCCUGCUCUUUGGCUGUCCCUGUCCAGCCUUCGGUGGUGGUGACAGCAAGGACCAUGCAGGUGGCCCUAUUGGUUUGGCCCUCCACAACAGUCCCAGUUUCACAUUUGGUCUCUUGGAAAAAUUAAUUUCCCACCCCUGAGCUAUAGAAUUGCCUGCUUAAUUCAGUAUGGUUUAUUUAGCAAAAAGGAAUAAUCUGCAACCAAGAUUAAAUUCCUGUUACACUUUUAACCAAAUUAAAUGAGAUUUCAAUUUUAUGUCUAAAUCCUAUGCUUAGGGUUUUACUUUUCCUAUAUAGAAAUGCACAGGAGCCAUGUAGCGCUCCUGAUUUCAACUGGGGCCACAAUAUAGGAUAGUAGUUGUUAAAUCCUUGUACCCCGUCACCAUUUUCCAGUAGAAACUCAUUCCCAAACUUUUUGAUGCUGAAGCUUGUUAUUUUUAGUUGGGAGAAGGAGGAGGGUAUAUUUUCAGUGGAAAAAUAGUACAAUGAAAAAUGUUAAUCUCCAUUUUCUUUUUU